AUGCACUUCUUCUCGGGCCGGAGCAAGCCGCGGCAGAAGAACGCCGGCGGCAAGAACCAGGCCGAUGCCUCCACGGCGGCGAAGGCCAAGCACAAGGACGGCAGGUGCCGCGCGCUGUGCUGCGGCGCGUCGCGGCUCAGCGUGUCCUCCUCGGCGUCCUGCUCGUCCCUGGACGCGCCGGACACGACGCGCGGCCGCAUGUCGGAUAUCGCCCACGGCAUGGUCCAGGCGAGGCUGCACUCCAUGGCCGACGCCGCCUCCGCCGACGGCCGGUCGUCGGCGACGACGCGCCGCGGGACGGAGCCCGCCGACCAGCACCGUCGCUGGCCGUGCGUCUGCUCCUGCGCCAGCGGCGGCGGCGGCUGCCACGAGAGGAGCGCGCCCAGGCCCCGCGAGAGGAAGCCGUGCGUCGUGCUGGUGGCCGUGGACAGGAGGACGUACGAGCCCCGGGAGGAGUUCCGCCGGUCCAUCGCGGAGGUGAUCGCGGCGAAGCGGAUGGCCGAGCCGGCGGAGCUGCGGGCGCUGCUCAACUGCUACGUGUCCGUGAACGCGCGCGAGCACCGCGCCGCCAUCCUCGACGCCUUCCACGAGGUGUGCACCGGCCUGUUCGCUUGCAAGGGUUGA